AUGAAACCGCAGAUUAGAUCAGACGUCGACCUCGACGCCAGCACGCGACUGUCGACAUCGAUACAAUCCGUGCAGCGUCGAUGCGUGCAUUCCUAUCGAUAUCGCACGGUUGCACGAGAGCUGCGGGGCAGCCCUACGCACGAUCUCCACACAGUCCCAUCGAUAUCGCACAGUUGCACGAUAUGUGCGGGGCAGCCCUACGCGCGAUCUCCACACGUUCCCAUCGAUAUCACGCUGUUGCACAAGAGGUGCGGGGCAGCCCUACGCGCGAUCUCGACUCCAGUCGACACAUGCCAAUCAUUAAUCAGCGCCGGGACUGCCCGGGCCGUGUCCAACUUUCACCCGGCUCGUCUCGCUCCCGUCGCGUUGCACCAUCAAGCAAUUCGGCGGGAGCCGUGUUUCAUUCAAUGGACCCUCAUUAACCGUUCACCGCUCCUCUUAAUGGUCGUGCAUAUACCGGGCUUU